AUAAAUACCGAUGGUGGAGACUUAGUAAAUGAGUGUUUAUUUUACGUCCGUGUAUCCCGUCGCUCUUUCAAGAUGUACGGACCAAAAUACAUAUUACAUUAACGUACCAGAAAAGCGUUAUAUUUUGGAAGAAACCAUUCGUAACGGAAUAAUUUAAUAACGCAUUUAAGAAAACGCUGUCUUAAAUAUGGGUGUACCAGCAUUCUUUCGAUGGUUAAGUCGGAAGUAUCCAUCUGUUAUUGUCAAUUGCAUUGAGCAGAAGGCUGUAUCAAGUAAUGGAACUCGAGUUACAAUCAAUUCGGCCGAUCCAAAUCCUAAUGGAGUUGAAUUUGAUAAUUUGUAUCUGGACAUGAAUGGUAUAAUUCAUCCUUGUACGCAUCCUGAAGAUAGACCUGCCCCGAAAAAUGAAGAGGAAAUGAUGGAGGCGAUUUUUGAAUGUAUCGAUCGAUUAUUUCGGAUUGUUCGGCCAAGAAAAUUGCUUUAUAUGGCCAUCGAUGGUGUUGCACCGCGUGCAAAAAUGAACCAGCAAAGAUCCAGACGAUUCAGGGCUUCAAAAGAAUCUGCUGAGAAAAUAAGUGAAAUGCAAAAAAUACGUCAAGAAUUAUCACAGAAGGGUGCAAAUGUGCCCCCAGAAAAAGCAAAGGAAGAACAUUUCGAUAGCAACUGUAUAACUCCGGGUACACCUUUUAUGGCAAGAUUAUCAACUUGCUUACACUAUUAUAUUCAUGACCGUUUAAAUAAUGACCCAGGUUGGAAAGAUAUAAAAGUUAUUUUAAGUGACGCAAAUGUGCCUGGAGAAGGAGAGCAUAAAAUCAUGGAUUACAUUCGUCGCCAAAGAGCUAAUCCAGAUCACGAUCCAAAUACUCAUCACGUUCUGUGUGGAGCUGAUGCUGAUUUAAUUAUGCUGGGGUUGGCUACACACGAACCUAACUUUACUAUAAUUCGAGAAGAAUUUAAGCCAAACAAACCAAAACCUUGUGACAUAUGUGGGCAAUUAGGACACGAAUUAAAAGAUUGUACAGGGACAGAGCCGGAUCCGAAAAAGGCAGAUGAAUCAUUUGCAGACGAAUGCCAGUACAUAUUCGUUAGAUUAAAUGUUCUUCGGGAAUAUUUAGAACGAGAAUUACAAAUGCCCAAUUUACCUUUUAAAUAUGAUUUUGAAAGAGCAAUAGACGAUUGGGUGUUCAUGUGUUUCUUCGUAGGAAAUGAUUUUCUACCACAUCUACCAUCCUUGGAAAUCAGAGAAGGAGCUAUCGACAGACUUGUUAAUUUGUAUAAAAAAACGGUGUAUAGAACAGGGGGCUUUUUAACGGAUAGUGGUGACGUUAAUUUGGAUAGAGUACAAAUGAUAAUGUCAGAUCUUGGAAAUGUUGAAGAUGAAAUCUUUAAGAAACGACAACAAAAUGAAUUAGCAUUUAAACAACGUGAAAAGGACAAGAAGAAAAGAAUGGAAGCUGUUAGUAACUAUAAACCUAAAUGGAUUCCAGCUGGACAAUUUGCACCCACUCCACUAGGUGAAACAGUGAAACCAAUACAGAAUCCUAGAUAUGAGGCUUAUCAGAUGCGUGUGCAAGGAAGAAAUUAUAAUACUUCUGCUGCCGAGAGAGCUCUAAAGGGGACUAAUGCAAAUGCUGCAUUGGAGGCCAUGAUAGUUCCUGAGGGUUCAAAUAAUCGUGGGCAGAAAAGAAAAAUAGAUCAAGUAGAGAAAGAAGACGAUGAUGAUCAGGCGCAUGACGAAGUACGGCUUUGGGAAGAUGGUUUCAAAGACCGCUACUAUGAAUCUAAAUUUGACGUGUCACCGGAUAAUCUUGAAUUUAGGAACAGUGUUGCUUUGCAAUAUGUACGUGGCCUUUGCUGGGUCUUGCGUUACUACUACCAGGGUUGUGCAUCCUGGAAAUGGUAUUUUCCAUACCAUUAUGCUCCAUUUGCAAGUGAUUUUAUUAACAUAGGAGGACUUUCUACUGAAUUCGAAAGAGGAACGCAACCAUUUCGCCCAUUGGAACAACUUAUGGGAGUAUUUCCAGCAGCUAGUAGCAGUCAUGUACCUGCUCCUUGGGCUAAAUUAAUGACUAACCCCAAUUCACCGAUUAUAGACUUUUAUCCAGAAGACUUCAAAAUAGAUCUCAAUGGUAAAAAGUUUGCUUGGCAAGGAGUAGCAUUACUUCCUUUUGUUGAUGAAAAAAGAUUAUUUAAGGCAUUAGAACCAUUAUACGAAUGUUUAACUGAUGCUGAAAAGAAGCGAAAUAUACGUGGUGAUGAUCGAUUGUAUGUAGGCCUGGGAAAUGGCAACUAUAAUUUCGUAAAGGAACUCUACACUAGCCGCGUGACUGCAGAAACUGAAGUCUGUAUGGAUGGUAUGCGUGGUACGGUAUUAUUAGCAGAAGACUGUGUUGGUGAAGGUGCAACAUUGCCUUCGCCUAUUAAUGGUCUGCCGGUUCGGAACAACAAAGUGUACUGUAUUAGAUUCAGAGAUCCUAAUUAUGGUAGCGAUUACAUCUUUCCGGCUAAAAAAUUGAAGGGCGCCAAGGAACCGCCGAGAGUGCUGAAACCUCAAGAUUUCGAGCAGAUGAACCGGAAUAAUAAUAACCAAUGGAGGCCGCAAGUUGGUUUUGUACGUACAAAUCAAGUGGCCUCGAUUGGAGAUGCUGGGCAUCGAAUGUUAGGGUUUCAUACGAAUCUUAACAGAACUGUUCCUCUGUACGGAAUGGUGCCGCCGCCACCGCAACCUCAAUUUCAACCCAAUCGCGGUUAUCAAAGUGGCUAUCGAUCUGAACAAGGAAAUAGUGGAUCGGGAAGCAGUGGUUACGGCAGCUCCAACAGCAGACCCAGCAGCAGUGGUAGCACCGGUAGCAGCAGUAGCAGCGGUAGUAGAUAUGGAGGUAACAAUCGUGACCAGUAUCAGCAACGGUCUACUUCAGGACCUUGGGCGAGUGGCUAUGGUCUCCCGGCUUAUCAGCAACCGUAUCAGCAGCAACGCAGCCUACCGAUGUACCAACAACAUGGCCACGGUGCGGCAGCGUUCGAUGCUGCGAAGUAUCAUUCUUACCAGAAUCAGCAAUAUCGAAAUCAACCGUCCAAUCGGUAUGGGAAUGGUCGGAGUGGUCGAUAAACGAUGCAUCAUGCAGAAAAUCAGUGUUACAACCCGAUAGUAAAUAAUAAAAAUCGGUGUUUAAUGGCGAACAUAUUCAACAGCGCGAUCUACAUGCGCGACAACUGCACACAUCGUGGAAAAUACAUCACGCCUAAUUUUUCUUUUUCAAUAGCGCGAAUUGAUUCCCGCGAGAUGCGCAGACAUAUUUACAAGUAUACAUAAGGUUAGGGAAGUCCUCGAAGGGUUGCAGACUCUUUGAAAUGUAGACAAUUCUGUAUAUUUCGAUAAUUGGCCUGGUUCACCGAGAGAAAUAUUCGGUUAAAUUGACUUAUCACGGUUUAAUCAUCUUGCAAUCUACAAUUAAACCUUAUUUGCUUCAAGGGAACGUUGGUUAAUUAAAAUUGAAUAUAUAAAAAAAAUAUUCAUCCAAUCAUUGGUAUUUAAAUUAAUUCAGCUGCCGUCACGAACAGGCAAGUAAAUAUUUUAAUCAAUCUACAAUAAUAAUCCGCUUGAAUUGAACAAAAUUCAGCAUAAUCUACCGAAUUUACUUUAGCCGUGGUGAUUUAAUUGAACCAUUUAUUUUUCUCGAUAUAUGGCCAGUUUUUCACGGAAACAAGUGCAUAUUCGUAUCGCAGGUAUGCGAUGAUGAAUGUAUAAACCAGCGCGAUGAUUACAAUUGAAAACAUAUUGACAUCGAUAUAGAGUAAACGAGGAUGAGGUGGUAAGUAAAAAUUUGGGAGUUCAUGGUUUUUCGAAUAGUACAAAUUGAGUCAAGGGAUAUGUAUACUUUUGUUAAUCGCUAUGGAAAAUUUAUAUCUCAAUGUUAAAAUCUAAUCAAAAUAGCGGAAGAAAUUAGAAUGCUUUCUUGAAAUCAAUAUUGAUUUACCUCUUCAUCUUUACCACUUUCCCCUAGUUUGCUCUAUUCGUACAUUUUCAUCUCACAAUUAGUUUAAUACAUUGAUCGAAAUCGCUAUCGUUAAAUUUUUAUUGUCGUGAUCAAAAGACCAUGUGUUCUACCCUCGCCCCGAAGCGAUGGGGAUUAUAAUUACAUUUUCUUAUACACUGUUAAAAUGACUGUUCGAAUUUCAUUACUGACAAGCAAUGAACUUCUUUCGUAAGAUUCGCUUUUGAGAAAUUUGUAGAACCCACGUAUCAACGGACACUCAAAUGCCAUCGGCAAAAAAAUGAAAUUAGAAACGGCGUUUCUCGAAAUUUAACACUUUGGUGACUGAUGGUCUAAUAUUACAUCAUUUGACAUCCAUAACUUGAAACUAUUGACGUUGUCCUAUCACUGGAUAUAUCUAGAAUGUAACGUAGCGAAUUCUAGUUUUACAUUUCACAUGAUCAAAACCAGUAAUCAAGAUUAGGGCUCGUUUACAUAGUUUUCGAACACGCGUUAAUUCAUGCAAUGGCACAUCGCACAAGCCGCAAACUUGCUUAUGAGCAAAGGACACAUAUGCUCACAAGCAAUCGUGCAUUUUUGACAGCCAUAUUUUGUUUGCUUGUGAACACACUAUAACUUGUACCAUCGCUUGAACUAAAACAUGUUGGAAAACGCGCUAUGUGAGCGAACUGUUACGCGGUCACCAAUGUGUUAUCAGAUAUGUAUCCCCUACCUUCGUCUCGACUAACUCUGUUUCUGAUUUCCACAUUUCAAUUAGAAGGUGUCGGAAAGGUAGGACUUUGUUCUAAGGUCACCGGCAAGUAAUCUAUAAACGUCGCUUUGUUCCGUACACUAUAAAAUCAAGUCUCCUUCGAGAAGGCGGCGAAAACGGUGGAGACGAUAAUUAUUUUAGAGCGCAAAUCUGUGAAUGACGUCAUACGAUAUUUGCGUGAGGAUGUAACUCAACUGCGCCGAUUUGUACCAACGUAACUCCUCUGAAACCUGCCAAGUGUACAUCCUCGGAAUAAUACAGAAUAUUUCCUUAA